CUGGCCCUGCGCCCCUUGGUAGUUGUGCAUAUAUCCUCGCCAGUUGGCGCUACUUUCUAUGUUUAAGGUAUUUAUCUCCCGAGGGAAAACUUCGCUAAAAUAGAUGGCACCACUUUGUACGUGUACGACAAACAAAAAGUGACGAGGUGGCCUCCAGUGGCGAAGGUCGGAUUCGAACCAGCGUCUUUAGCUGACCGGGGCGUCUUUAGCCAGUUAACGUCAUGAACCCCUAGGCCACCCCGUCACGGUGAAACUGGUCCUAAUUUCUCGACUAUAUAUGCAAUCGUAGUGAGACUAGGCGUUAUGUGAAAUUCGCAUGUAUCGAUGCCAAUUUCCUAUAGCUCGUUGAGCAAUAAUGUAAAUGACUACAUUUGACCUCGCUCGACAAAGAUGGUUCAGUUUGCACCGAAAGUUGAGUUCAUGAGAACCGUUUCACACGUUUCUUUACCACAUGCGCCCCGCCCGUCUACACCCCACCCCUCCACUGAAUUUUUCUGCUAUAAAAGAGCAUGUUGAACCAUAUUCCCACUACAGUGUCACAACGAAUAUUGCGUUGAAAUCAUGGAUCCGCAAGCUUCAUCACAUACCAAAUCCGACAACAAUACCAUCACCACUUGGUGCUGCCAGUGCUGGUUGUCCACCACCACAAGCGGCGGCGGCGGCUGUGACGGUGGCUGUAGCAGCUCCACUUCGCAAUCGUCACCCGGACCACAACCGAUGGCAACAGCAAAGGCACUGUUAAAACAAGACGAUGGGGACAAGGGAAAAACAAACUGCCUAGAGAGCGCUUCUGAGAGCGAUACGAGCGAUGAAAUGAAAUCUUUUUAUCAAGGAUGUAAAAGCAAGUGGAUAAAAGCGUUCCAGAACAAUACUCUGAUUAAUAGAUGGCGCCUCCCCAUGCCAUUUCACACAUUUAGAGCGGAAGUAGCGAGAUUGUUAAAACGAUUGUAUAUCGAAGGUCACCAUGACGAUUGUCAUAUUUACCCGUUAAUUGUAAUGUGGGACGAUUUAAACGAUGACGUAGAAGAGAUAGUGGGAGAUGCUCAAAUCAACUAUCAAGACUGGAUUGCGUUAUUAGGUGGCGUUACAGCGGAACUAUUUUCACGCGUGGUGUUCAAUACUAAAUCUUUUAAUUAUUUAAUCAAUGUAAUAUUUUGUGUGCUAGGUCCAAUCAUAAUAGCUUCCGGUGAUUAUGAAUGUGAACCUAAAUGUAAGAAUGCUCGUACAUAUUAAGGUGAUGAUGCAUUUAUUCCUUGUCAUUGUUUAAUUUUAAAUUGUUAGCUCGCUGCGAAUGUAAAUGUUUUAAUGUACACGUAUUAAUAAUAAAUUCAUAUUACUGAAUA